GGCGCCGCCGCAGCCGAGCGCUCGGUUCCGGCGGAGCGGGGCGCGGGGGCUGCCGGCGGCCGAGGCGGCUCCGGGAGAGGCUCGUUCGUGUGCCGCAGCCUGUGGCGCCGCCAUGUCGGCCCUGGAGAAGCAGCUGCACCUGGGCCGCCUCCCGCCGCGGCCUCCCCUGCCCGGGGGCGGCGGCCAGUCGGGCUCCAAGAUGCGCAUGGGCCCUGGAAGGAAGAGAGACUUCUCCCCAGUGCCUUGGAGCCAGUACUUUGAGUCCAUGGAGGAUGUGGUGGUGGAGAAUGAAACUGGCAAGGAUACUUUUCGAAUUUACAGGAGUGGGCUGGAAGGUCCUGUCCUGCUGCUGCUGCACGGAGGAGGCCACUCUGCCCUCUCCUGGGCUGUCUUCACCGCUGCCAUCAUCAACAGGAUUCAGUGCAGGAUUGUGGCUUUGGACCUCCGAGGCCAUGGAGAAACCAAAGUGAGGAACCCUGAAGACCUCUCUGCAGAGACCAUGGCCAAAGACAUUGGCAACGUGGUGGAAGCUCUCUAUGGGGACCUGCCCCCCCCCAUCAUGCUGAUAGGGCACAGCAUGGGGGGAGCCAUCGCGGUGCACACGGCCGUGGCCAGCCUGGUGCCCAGCCUGCUGGGGCUCUGCAUGAUUGAUGUGGUGGAAGGCACAGCCAUGGACGCCCUCAACAGCAUGCAGAACUUCCUGCGCAGCCGCCCCCGCACCUUCCAGUCCCUGGAGAGCGCCAUAGAGUGGAGUGUCAAAAGUGGCCAGAUCAGGAACCUGGAGUCUGCCAAAGUGUCCAUGGUUGGCCAGGUCAAGCAAUGUGAAGGAGCUGCAAGUCCUGAGUGUCCUAAAGCCAUCGUGGAGGGCAUUAUUGAGGAGGAGGAGGAGGAAGAGGAUGAGGAAGGGGGAGGCUCUGUCAACAAAAGGAAGAAAGAAGAUGACACAGAGACCAAGAAGGAGCAGCUGUACACGUGGAGGAUCGAGCUGGCCAAGACAGAGAAGUACUGGGAGGGCUGGUUCAGAGGCUUGUCCAACCUCUUCCUCAGCUGUCCCACUCCAAAGCUCUUGCUCUUAGCAGGUGUUGACAGGCUGGAUAAAGACCUCACCAUUGGACAGAUGCAAGGCAAGUUCCAGAUGCAGGUCCUGCCACAGUGUGGCCAUGCAGUGCACGAAGAUGCUCCAGACAAGGUUGCUGAGGCUGUUGCCACCUUCCUGAUCCGCCACAGGUUCGCAGAGCCCAUCGGAGGAUUCCAGUGUGUCUUUCCUGCCUGUUAGGACCCUGGUGUCCCCCAGCACCGAGUCCUGUUGUACAUAAACUGCACCAGAGGCCACUGUGAUGAUGUCCACAUCCAUCUCCUUCCAUCUCUGCAGCUCAGCAGCACUGAGACGUUGGUGUCAGAUUCCUCCUCCACGCCCCCAAGCCUCCCCCAGCCCCCUCUUAGUUCUCCACAACAUCCAAACUGCUUAGGGACUUCCUGGCUGGGAAGCAGCUUCUGCUGACGACCAGGGGAAGCUCUUCAGGCCCUUGGGAGUGGGCUCCUCUCUGCUGCCACAAGGAAGAGACCUCCUGAAGCUCCCAACCCCUCUCCACCGACUCUCAGGCUCCCUUGGACCCAUCCUUGGCACUCCAGACCCACCCAAGGGUGGCCAAAGGCUUCAGGAUUCCUCCGUGGAACCUUCCAAGUGGACUUCAGCUUUGGCUUUGGUUUGGUUCUCUCCACCCUUUCCCCUGAGUUGGCUUCCUUAGGGGCUCAGCUCUCACCUCACCAACUCCAACCCUGUGCAUGAAGCUGUGGGAAGGGCUCAGAAGCUUCUCCUCUGGUCAGAGUUGGCUGAGACCGAAGGUCACAGAGGCCAGGUGGGACCAUGAGCUCCAGCUCAGAGCCCUGCAGUCUUCUCAGUGCUCACUUCAAGCUCCCACUGAGGUCAAGCAGCCUGGAUGAGUCUUUUCUUCUGCUGGAGCAGGACCCUCUGGACCUGCCUUGGUGAGGAGGAGCCACCAGCAGCAGCACCAAGGUGGGCAGCAGGCAGCUUGGCCAUUCCUUGCCCCUGGAAUGUGGACUUCUCCCCACUGCUGGAGGCCAGACCUGGAUUUCACUGCCCCUUCCUAGACCUUUCCUCUGCUUGCUUCCACCUCGAGAGGAGGCUGCCAUGGAGAGCUUCUCUUCAGGGCCAUGCUGCCCCCAGCAGCUCCUCAGGUGGCUUCCUCUCCUCAGCAGACUCAGCUUGGAGCACUUCUGCUGCUGGAUGUCUGAGGAGGCCUUGAGGCCAGAGCCUCCUGGUGCUGGCUGAUGGAGGCAGCCCCUGAGUGCCCUGCAGGGAGGCAGAGUGGGGGUGGCCUCAGCUGGGAGUUGUCCAUGCUGUGAGUUGGAGCUGAGAUCUCUAUGCUGUGAGUGGGAGCUGAGAUCUCUGUGCUGUGAGUGGAGCUGAGAUCUCUAUGCUGUGAGUGGAGCUGAGCUGUGCAUGCUGUGAGUGGAGCUGAGAUCUCUAUGCUGUGAGUGGGAGCUGAGCUGUGCAUGCUGUGAGUGGAGCUGAGCUGUGCAUGCUGUGAGUGGAGCUGAGCUGUGCAUGCUGUGAGUGGGAGCUGAGCUGUGCAUGCUGUGAGUGGAGCUGAGCUGUGCAUGCUGUGAGUGGAGCUGAGCUGUGCAUGCUGUGAGUGGAGCUGAGAUCUCUAUGCUGUGAGUGGAGCUGAGCUGUGCAUGCUGUGAGUGGGAGCUGAGCUGUGCAUGCUGUGAGUGGAGCUGAGCUGUGCAUGCUGUGAGUGUCCUGGUUGGGAGCUGAGCUGUGCAUGCUGUGAGUGGAGCUGAGCUGUGCAUGCUGUGAGUGGAGCUGAGCUGUGCAUACUGUGAGUGUCCUGGUUGGGAGCUGAGGUGGAGCUGGCAGAGCCUUGCUGCUGGCCUUGCUCUGUGCCACUCCGCUGACAUGUCCUGGGCCCUGCCUGGGUUGGCCUCCUUGCAGAGAGCUCUCCUCUGGCUCUUGCUGCUCUUGGCCCCCAGCAGCCAGGGCUCAGCAGAGCAGUUGGUGGCUGCUGGAGCUUCCCUCCUUAGGUCUCCUUGCUCCUGGCUCCUUUGCUUUCCACCGUGACCUUCGCUUCGUGUCAGCCCCUGGGAGCUGCUGGUGGACCUGCAGCAGCUGAGAUGCUCCCAGCCCUUCCCAGAUGCUUCCUGAAGGCUCCACUCACCACGACCUCGUGUCCAGAGUCUCCCCUCCCAUCCCUGGGCCCAUCCCUGCUGUCCUGCUGAUGAACUCAUCCUGGUUCCAUCACCUCCUGACCACCCCCCAGCCACUGGGAUCUGCCACCUUGGAGUGAGUGCCCUGCAGGUGACCUCCUGCCCCUUCCCACCUCAGCCCUCUCCAGUUUGCUCUCAACACUUUGCAAGGGAGCAAAGGAAGAACCAACCCACCCCAACCCCCCCACCCUGGGAGGCAGGACAAGAUCAGCUUCUCCUCCUGCAGAAGCAGCCCUGGAGGAGGGUUGGACCUUCUGCAGCCUCCCCACGGCUCCUCUGUGGUUAUCGUUUGAGAAGUGAAGUGGAAAACAAGAAAUAAAAGCAUCUCAACAGCU